AUGGCGUCCAGCGAGGAGGACGGCGGCGCGGCGUCUGAAGAGAAGGAAAGCAACAACGCCAAACGCGGCAAAGGCACGGUGGCCACCGCCUGGCUCACCUUCUACAACAUCGCCAUGACGGCCGGCUGGUUGGUCCUGGCCAUGACGAUGAUGCGCUUCUACAUGCAGAAAGGAACACACAAGGGCCUCUACAGAAGUAUAGCCAGGACGCUCAAGUUCUUCCAGACGUUUGCGUUAGUCGAGGUGGGACACUGCGCUGUUGGCUUGGUUCGGACGUCUGUGAUCGUCACUGGGGUGCAAGUCAGCUCGCGUAUCUUCAUGGUGUGGUUUGUCACCAACAGCAUCCGACAGAUCCAAAACGAACAAAGCGUUAUACUCUUCCUGGUAGUAUGGACGCUGACUGAAAUCACCAGAUAUUCCUACUACACUUUCAACCUACUCCACCACCUGCCGUACUUCAUCAAGUGGGCCAGAUACACUUUGUUCAUCGUACUGUAUCCGCUGGGCGUGUUGGGCGAGCUGCUGACCAUUUACUCUGCGCUGCCUUUUGUUCGUCGCUCGGGCAUGUACUCCAUGAGGCUCCCCAAUAAGUACAACGUGUCCUUCGACUACUACUACUGCCUGGUGAUCAUCAUGCUGUCUUACAUCCCAUUGUUCCCUCAGCUAUUCUUCCACAUGCUACGGCAGAGAAGAAGGGUGCUCCACGGCGAGGUCAUCGUGGAGAAGGAUGACUAG